CGGGCGUUCAGUCUGUAAGGAUCUGGCUAGCGGAGCUGGCUCGAUCACUUAAAGCUCCUUCUUUUAGUCCACGAGCAAUAAAAACUGCAUAUCGUUUCGAAAAGCAAAGUUCCGCAGUUCGCACAGUGUGGGGGAAUCGACGUCGAUUUCUUAUUGGGAAUAUCAACAGCUAGCUACCACAACACAUUUAUUAUCGAGAGGUGAAAACAAAAAAGAAAGUCGAUUUCCGGAGUGCGCGCGCUGGCGAAUUACAUUCAAUCUCCUUGUCGCCCGCAAGCAGCCGAUAUGCGCUGGGAGAUAAUGCAGUGUUCGGCGGAACCCAGUCCCUGCUUAGACGUAGCGGCGCUAGCUGUUGACGAGGCGACAGUAUCAUCCGUCAGAUCGGUCGCAGUUUCCGCCACAGGACUGGGCGGCAUCAAAAUCUCGGCAUUCUCCCUCCUAGUCAACGGCUUUUCGCAGUCGAGCAGCAGCGGUUGCGUUCGUGCCGGUCGACGCCCAGCAGUCGCAGCCUCAACAACCUCAGCCGUACGUUUGCAUAGCAGCAAUAGCAGCUCGUCGAGUAGCAGCGACGACGACGACGCCGAUCACAGCAGCGACGAGCGAAAUAGCCAAAAGAGUCAAAGUGCCGCCAGUUUGGUGGAAACGCGCAAACCCAAGAGACCAAAUCUCCUGCAACUUCCAUGUGUAGCACGCCCUGCUAAGCAAACCAACGGACACAUCACCAUGGCCACGGAAGACCUACUCCAACCCGGACAUGUUGUCAAAGAGCGCUGGAAAGUGGUGCGCAAGAUUGGCGGCGGUGGUUUCGGAGAGAUCUACGAAGGAGUGGAUUUGGUGACGCGUGAACUGGUGGCUCUCAAGCUGGAAUCGGCCAAGCAGCCCAAACAAGUUUUGAAGAUGGAAGUGGCCGUCCUAAAGCGACUCCAAGGUAAAGAGCACGUCUGCCGCUUCAUCGGAUGCGGUCGCAACGAUCGGUUUAACUACGUCGUGAUGCAGCUACAGGGUCGAAACCUUGCCGAGUUGCGGCGAGCCCAGCCCAGAGGAGCCUUCUCCUUAUCGACCAGCCUCCGACUGGGUUUACAAAUACUCAAAGCCAUAGAAAGUAUCCAUGAAGUCGGCUUCCUCCAUCGCGAUAUCAAACCUUCCAACUUCGCUAUGGGCCGUGUGCAGCACACGGGCCGACGGGUUUUCAUGCUGGAUUUUGGUCUGGCUCGCCAGUACACGACGGCGUCGGGAGAUGUCAGACCGGCCCGAUCAGCUGCAGGUUUCCGAGGCACCGUUCGUUACGCCUCGAUCAACGCCCAUAAAAACAAAGAAAUGGGCCGACACGAUGACUUGUGGUCUCUCUUUUAUAUGCUGGUCGAGUUUGUUAACGGACAACUUCCGUGGAGAAAAAUCAAAGAUAAAGAGCAGGUGGGCCUAAUGAAGGAGCGCUAUGAUCAUCGGUUGCUCUUGAAGCACUUGCCGUCAGAUUUCAGGAGUUUCCUGGAACACAUUCAGUCGUUGCAGUACGUCGAUAAGCCAGAUUAUUUGAUGCUUGCCGGAGUGUUGGAACGCUGCAUGAAGCGGCGCGGCGUCCGAGAUUGUGAUCCUUACGAUUGGGAAAAGCUUGCGGAGGCGCCACAGUCGGUGACCACGUCCUCUUCUUCGGCGGCCGUGCCAUCCAAGCCCCAGCAGCGCAUCAUCACCAAUCCAGGCACUGCCAAUGUCACGACAGAUAAUCUGGGUGAAGAUCCACUGGCCGCUAGUAUUGGAUUGAAUAAUCAAGAGAACAUGCAUCCGAGCGAUAUGGCAGUGGCUGCUUCGGCUGCCGUGCCGCCCGUCGUGGAUAGGAGGACUCCGUUGCAAACCGCACAGGUUGUUUCAACCGAUAAGGAAGGAGGGACGAAUGGUGAUGGAUCGAAAUCCCCGGUCGCUGUGAAUGGUCAAAGCGCACAAGUCAAUGCCCAAGACAAAUCACCCAAGAAGCGAAAGUUGGAAGGGGGAGCCGACGCCGUUGUUCCACCACCACUCGCUCACGAUAGACAAGCGCGACGGGCACUGGUUGCGGAAGCCGCCACCCCUGAUUCGCUGGUGGACACGGAAAAUAGUCGAGAAACAGCCGCUCGUCAAGAAUCGGGUGCUGGAUUAGUGGAAACGGAUAACGGUUUCACUCCGCUAGCGAUUUCAGCUUCGAUGCCGGCCGUUCUGGUGACCGCUAGAUCUCCACGUCCCAAUUUCGGUCCGUCGCACAGUGUCCCUCAAUCGCCCAGCACGCCGGCCGACGUCGACGACGCACAAGCAGCUUCGAAUGUUGCCAGGAUGGGUGGUGGCGGCGUGUCUCCAGGCGUAGUUAGCGCUGGAGGAAUGGGAUUAGGAUCACCUUUGGGUGGAGCUGCUGACAAGGGCGUCCGAGGACGCACCAAUCUGAGGCGCUUUCAUAGCAUGCACGCUCACAACCACAGUCCGGGUAGUAGUCGAGGAGUACGUGUCACUAAGGAGAUGAAGGAGCGCGACCGGGAACGCGAUAGGGAUACGUCUUACACUCAGUGUGCCGUGAUGGAUGACGACAACGUUUCUGCCCUUCAGCAGAUGACAAGAGCUGGCGGAGGGUUAACUCUGGCAUCGCAGUGGAAAUCCCAAUUCGACGAUUCGGAGGAGACGGACGACGAACUUCAAGGUGAACAUUUACAGAGCCCCGAACAUUUGCCUGCCUUGGCCCGGCUAGGAGUGGCCAUGCUGCAGCAGCAAAUGUUUGGCUAUGGAUCGUCCCCUACUUCGCCAGUCAUGCUGCGAGCCAUCAGCCCUAAUAAUCUAAACGAGCAAGCGAUGGCUAUGGAAUCAGCCAUGCAAUAUUUCAACGAACGAUCGCCCGACAACAAUCAGAACAACAACAACAAUCAGUCGGGGCAAACGGCUAUGUGUGCUACCACAUUGCCCAGGAGGUCCAAGAGACCACCUGAACGUCUAAAAAGCGACGAGUCUCAACUAGUUAAGGGCUCGACUCUCGAUGGACUGGAUGUUGAAGGAGCCGAUACGAUGCAAGCCAUUCUAAAUAGGGAGGGAUUGCCACGAACCUGGAGCAAUCCUCAACUGUCUUCGCACAUCCGUCCAGGGCUAGAACCUCCUCGAUUGCAGCAGGCGGCUUUUGACGACUGUGUCUACGCUGUUGACGUGAUGAGGAACGUUGCCGUUAAGCAGGGUGCAGCCGCAUCGACGUCAGCCACCAAAGAAAUUGAUCCGUCUGCCGAUGAAGUGGAGCGAAAAUUCAGCCUUCCGGCACGCAUGCUAUGCCAAACGAGCGCCGCCCUGUUACAAUUGCAAUCGGAUUUUCAGAAUGACUCAUCACAGGCUGCCGCCGUCGCCGGCCGAUUGGAAAUCCGCAUGGUGGAUCCGUCUACUCCUCGUUCUCACGGAGAUCACACGACCGAUCAGCCGUGUAAUGUCCCAGCCCUUUACGUAGCUACGGCGCCCAGCAUUGAAACGUCUGCCGAGAAAAGCGCGGCUUCCGUCUCUCAGUCGGCCGUCACGCCUGCGCUGGUCCCCGCACCAGCUGUCGAAGAAGCGACUGUUUUCUACGACGCUCAACCCAACGGAGACGAAGAUACUUUCCGAACAGCUUUACCCGGUACAACGAUUAAUGCCGGGACGUCCAAAACGAUUGUGCUUGGACAAGCUGGCGGACUUGCGGAGCCGGAAACGGAGAGACUUGAAGUCAAGUCAAUCACUCAAGAUGAUGAUAACGAAUCGCUCCAUUCUCCUGAGAAAACCUCGAGGCUAUCGUCGGCCCGAGGCUCUAAAUCCCCGCAGCAACAGCGGCGAAUCGGCACCGUCGUGCCGCCAGUCCCUCCGCAUUUGGAAACUCCCACUUUGGUCGAUCUCGGUCUUAAUCGAGAUGGAAACAGAGAAGAUGGUCGACGUCGAGGCCGCGAUGUCGAGGGAGAGACCGAAGAAGAUGAGGAAGAAGAAGAAGAAGAGGAUGAAGAUGAGGAUGAAGAAGAAGAGGGAAAUGAGGAAGUACGGAAGAACAAUGACGGCGAAGAAGGUGACGCUGAUGAUGAAGAGGGCAAUAAACGGACUCAACAAGAUUACCCGGUCUUGAGUGAGCAGCUGGACGAGGAACGCCGCAAAAUAUCUGUCAUCAACUUGAACGACUUGAGUGCCGCCUUUCAAGCCUCCAGCCGGAUGCGGACUCCUCGCCAUUCUCCACCGCCUGCCGAAUUACCUUCGCAACAGCAUCUGCAGCAGCGACGUUACUCUCAAGAGGAACGUUCUCAUGCCGUCCGCCUAGUGUCGGGCUAUCUGUCACAAAUGACCUCGUCGGCCGCCCAGACUGGCGGAGAGGAAGAAGAGGCGAGCGGUGGCGAUGCAACAGCUUCGGCUGGCAAAGGUCUUCGCUAUGAUCGAGACGAUGAAACUUCCAGCGGCCGCCGGAAAAGACAAGGAGUCGAAAAGUACGUCUCGGAUAACUCGCAGCUCAAUUUGCAAUUCGAGCGACGGCGAUCUCAUCGUCCUCAAAGUAGCGACAUGACUGGAUUAACUGUUGUUCAUCACUCGCCCACUAUGCGCCACCGGAGUAGCGUCGCCACAGCCCCGGACACCGCCUACUCGUCGCAUCCAUCGUAUUUGGAUACCCGGUCUAGGCCGUCUCCGCAGUCAUCGUCUGUAGGCGGUUUAACAGCUUUAAACAGCACCUACGAAAUCAGCCGCGUCCGAUCGUCGCCAUCGCUGGUGCCGUCGACGAGUCGCUUUCCUUUUCAUUACACCCCUCACCCACCUACAGGCAAUCCGCCCACUCUUCGCGAGCUCGACGCCAGGCUGCGCCGCUAUCGCCCCGUCUCGUUUCGUGACGGCACAUCUUACAGCCGCCGCUGAACGCCGAAUCCUUUUAAAAAUUCUCCCCUUUAUGCCGAACCAUGGCAGCUUUUCAUCACGCAAUUUACAAGUUCUAGUUCACAGCACUGAUGUCUGGGUUUUAUAAAUUAUUUCUAGUCUCUUUUUCAUUCACGCUAGUCAAUGCCCUUCCCCCUGCUCUACCACCCUCAAAACUGAAAUCGAUAUCGACGAUUUUUACUAUCUAAUGAUGCAUUCUUUUUUUUUUUUUGGUAACCAUUGAGCUUGUUUCGUUUGGGCCGACUCUAUUCCAUUCGCCGGUUGUAGCCCCCUCAAAACCUUCGCAAUCAUGACUUUUUAUCAUUUCUUGUUCAAUUUAUAAUUAUAUACUUUGUUGCGUUCUUCCUUUUCCCCGAUGGAUAAUGUCAAAUGCGUUAUUAGAGGGGCUAUAGGGAAAAACACCAGCUGCUAUGUGAUAAUCGGGUCACUUCUGCUGCUGCUAAAAACACACCUGUAUUAUUUAUUUAUUCAUUUUUCCACUUUUUAUUUGAUUCUUGUUUCCGUAAGUUUGGAAACACUUGUUUCGCGUGCGUGUCAAUCCCUAUCGCCCUGAAGACAUUUUUUUAUGUACUUCAACUGGUAUUUGUGUUGUGGUUUUAUUAGCUAUCUAAAUUUUUUUUUCCUUUCGACUUUAGUGUCAGCUAUACAUAUUUACUUAUCGGUGCUCUCCAAUUCGCAAAAGUGGUCUGUGACUUUUUUCUUUGUUUUGACAUCCCUCUCCGCUCGACCGAAACCCCUCACCUCUGUUGUACUCGAGUCAGCGCGAAGGUAAAAAAAAAAUAAAAAAUACAUCGUUUGAAGUUA